GUCGCGCGAGUGCGUGCGUACGCGUUUUAUACGGUCGGACGACGCGGUUUCUCAUCACUCCUACCCACCAACGCGCGUGCCAGAACCAAUCCGCCGCCGUGCCGCAGCCUCCUUCGACCGCGCGCGCGCUCUUCAGUCCGUGUCCGCGACCCGAUCCGUCGGUGCGUCGUCCAUACGUCCCCGACGAAUUUUAACAAAAAACCGCGUCGUCGUGAUAAUUAUCGUUUUCGUUCUCUCUCUCUCUCUCUCUCUCUCUCUCUCUCGGGUGUCUACCGUCGUCGUUCGGUAAAUCCAAAAAGUAUUCGAUAGUUUUGUGCGGAUUGUUUUUCUCUACUAUCGAAUUUCGCGCGACCGACGGCCGCAGCGGUGCUUAACUCGUCUGAUAAAUCGACGUGUAUUAUAAUAUACAUACCACACAUGCAUGUAUAAUACAGGAGAACCGAUAAGGCGCCUGUGGCGCAGUCCGAACCGGCAGCAACAGCACACUACUACGCGAUAAUAGUGUAAAUGUUUUUUUACACUGUAAGAUACUACGGGGACGAGUGUUGGGGAUAACGAAAAAAAAAACCCGAAAAUCUUCAACAGUCGCGUAAAAGUAGUAGCAUUAGUAGUUUGUAGUGUCCAUUGUGUAUUAUUAUAAAAAUAUGAUCGGAGUAUUUUGAGUAAUACAAAUUAUUCUCCCCCCCCCCCCCCGUGAAAUUAUAAUGUCGUACGACGAGCGAUGCGUCGGUGUAACCGCGAUCCAAGCACUGUGAUAACAUGUUAUCAUGAAUGCGGCUUUUCCGUCCGUUUUCUUCCGGCGACUAUGGCGGUGCAGGCUGUUGCUAGUUGCCGUCUUAGUGUUCCACGCGGCUACAGCCGCCACGGCUGGUGUCGAGAAAACGUCCGAGUUCGUCAAAGGCAAAAUAUGUAUCGGUACCAAUGGCCGUCUGUCUGUACCGUCAAAUCGGGACCACCAUUACCGGAACCUCAAGGAUCGAUACACCAAUUGCACAUAUGUGGACGGCAAUCUGGAACUGACGUGGUUACAGGACGAACACUUAGACUUAAGUUUUUUGCAGCACAUACGAGAGGUGACCGGGUAUGUUUUGAUUACUCACGUGGACGUCAGCAAAAUCGUGUUACCCCGACUACAAAUAAUUCGAGGCCGAACUCAGUUCAAAUUAGCUGUGAAAGAAGAAGAAUUUUCGCUAUUAGUCAUGUUAUCAAAAAUGAACAAUCUCGAAUUACCAGCUCUCAGAGACAUAUUAGCUGGCAAUGUGGGUAUGAUCGAUAACUAUAAUCUGUGCCAUAUGCGUUCGAUUAACUGGGAUGAGAUCAUCACCGGGCAGGGGGCCAAAUGGAUGUACAUGUAUAAUUUUUCCAAUUCGGAACGAGAAUGUCCACCUUGUGAUAAGUCAUGUACGGGUGGAUGUUGGGGAGAAGGGCCUCACAACUGUCAAAAAUUUUCAAAGAUCAACUGUAGUCCCCAAUGUUACCAGGGUCGAUGUUUUGGACCCAAACCCAGAGACUGUUGUCAUUUGUUUUGUGCUGGUGGUUGUACCGGACCAAAACAAAGUGAUUGCCUUGCAUGUCGAAAUUUCUAUGACGACGGUGUAUGCACUCAAGAAUGUCCAGCGAUGCAACGUUAUAAUUCUAUAACGUAUUCCUGGGAAACAAAUCCCAAUGGAAAGUAUGCUUAUGGCGCAACUUGCGUAAAGAACUGUCCUGAACAUUUACUUAAAGACAACGGAGCAUGUGUACGAAGUUGCCCACCAAAGAAAAAAGCUGUAAACGGUGAAUGUGUAUUGUGCGAUGGUCCAUGUCCAAAAACGUGCGAAGGCGUGGCCACUAUACAUGAUAGCAACAUCGAUAGCUUUAAAGACUGUACUGUAAUCGAAGGUUCGCUAACCAUCUUGGAUCAAACAUUUAAAGGGUUUCAACAAGUUUUUGCCAACUUUAGUUUUGGCCAGCGUAUCAAAGCAAUGCAUCCUGACCGUUUAGAAGUAUUUAGUACGUUAAAAGAGGUGACUGGUUAUAUAAACAUACAAGGAUCCCAUGAAGAUUUUAAAAAUCUAUCAUAUUUUCGAAAUUUGGAAGUCAUUGGUGGCCGUACCGUAACUGAAUAUUUUGCAUCGUUAUAUAUUGUUAAGACGUCGUUAACAUCAUUGGGCUUACGUUCUUUAAAGAAAAUUCAUUCUGGUAGCGUUGCAAUUUUAGAAAAUAAAAAACUGUGCUACGCUCAGACUAUUGACUGGGAAUCAAUAAAAAAAUCUUCUGAACAUCCUAAACUUUUACAAAAUAACAAAAACGAUUCUUUAUGCCAAGCAGAAAAUGAAAUUUGCGAUCCCGAGUGUUCAAAUCAAGGUUGCUGGGGUCCUGGACCACAUCAAUGUUUGUCUUGUAGUAAUUUCCAGUACGAUAAUCAGUGUCUACCAAACUGUAAUCAUGUACCUGGACUUUAUGAGGCUGGUGACCAAACCUGCGCUGCGUGUCAUCCGGAAUGCGAUGGUGGUUGUCACGGACCUGGUCCCGAACACUGUACAAAAUGCCGUAAUCUUCUCGAUGGUACACAUUGCUUAUCUCAAUGUCCAGUAAAUAAAUAUAGUGCUAGCCAAUCCAGACCCAGUGUAUGUUUGUCUUGUCAUGCGAAUUGCGUUGGAGGUUGUAGUGGUCCGGACAAUACAAUUGGACCUAAUGGGUGUCGAUCAUGUCAUAAAGCUGUUCUUAAUGCUGACGCUUCCGUAGAGAGAUGUUUGCACAAAAAUGAAACUUGUCCUAACGGUUAUUAUUAUGAAUGGGUUGGACCGUUAGAACAAGGUGGUGCUGCUCUACGCGCUUUGGCUGGUAAAGCUGUAUGCAGAAAAUGCCAUCCGCGAUGUCUAAGAUGCACUGGUUUUGGGUUUCACGAUCAGGUAUGCCAACGCUGCGCAGGCUAUAAACGUGGCGAUCAGUGUGUAGAUGAUUGUCCUAUCGAAUAUUAUGCAACAACCAAUACAUUAUCAACUGGUGAAAUGGAACGAGAAUGCAUGCCGUGCGAUAUUUUGUGUAGAGGAUGUUACGGACCACAUGCAUACCAAUGCCAAGCUUGCCGACAUUUUAAAAUAUUCGAGCUCAGUGGUAAUCCUUCGGAUAACCGUACAGCGUUCAAUUGCUCCGGUCCUAUCUGCCCAUCUUUCGCGCCGUACAAAGUGUACAAGAUGGACGACCCGGACCCUUAUUGUUCCGCUGAUGACGUCAGAAUGGCUUCUAAACUUAGUGAUUCAGAGCAAAUACCUUUGAUACUGACUGCAGUUGUAGUGUUCACCUUUUUGGUCAUGGUUUUACUUAUGAUUCUUGUUUGGCACUGGAGAAGACGCGCACGAGCCAAAGAGACUGCAGUGAAAAUGACAAUGGUGCUUACAGGUAUGGAAGAUAACGAACCACUUAGGCCUUCAAAUGUUAAACCUAAUACAGCUAAAUUGAGAAUCGUCAAAGAAGUAGACUUACGAAUUGGUGCAGAACUUGGAAACGGAGCUUUUGGAGUGGUGUAUAAGGGCGUUUGGGUUGUCGAAGGCGAGAACAUCAAAAUUCCAGUAGCAAUCAAAAAGCUACACAAAAAAGACGACACGUGUGGUUACGAGAACACUAGCAAAGAAUUCUUAGAUGAAGCUUAUAUAAUGGCUAGUGUUGAACAUGACAAUCUGGUAAAACUAUUGGCCGUGUGUAUGACAUCCGAAAUGAUGCUGGUCACCCAGCUCAUGCCACUCGGAUGUUUGCUAAAGUAUGUACGUAACAACAAGGACAAAAUCGGUUCAAAAACGUUCCUAAAAUGGUGCACGCAAAUAGCCAAAGGUAUGGCAUAUUUGGAAGAAAAACGACUGGUACACAGAGAUCUGGCAGCACGCAAUGUGCUCGUGCAAAAUACUAACUGCGUGAAGAUCACAGAUUUCGGUUUGGCUAAACUGUUAGACGUCGAUCAAUUAGAAUACACGGCUGACGGUGGAAAGAUGCCUGUGAAAUGGUUGGCACCGGAAUGUCUCAAGUACAGAGUGUUCACGCACAAAAGUGACGUAUGGGCAUUUGGUAUUACCGUUUGGGAAUUGCUGACUUACGGCAAGCAACCGUACGAAAAUGUCGAUAAGAAAGAUGUACUGGGUCUGUUGGAGAAAGGAGAACGUUUACCGCAGCCACCUAUUUGCACCAUUGACGUUUACAUGGUAAUGGUCAAGUGUUGGUUAAUUGAAAAAGACAGCCGACCUAGUUUCGAAGAACUCGCCGAUGAAUUCGCUAAAAUGGCCAUCGAUCCGGGAAGAUACCUUGUCAUACCAGGCGAUCGUUACAUGAGGUUGCCGUCUUACUCGUCGCAGGAUGAAAAUGAAAUACUAUCGAAUCUUGCGUCAGAAGGUGCGGAUAUGAGCAUAAUGGAAGCUGAUGAGUAUAUGAACCCAAAGAUGAGCAGUAGCAUGCCUGGACCGUCGAGAUUGGGAUCGAGUAGCACGGCGGGCGCCGAUAUGCUAGGACCUCCCAUGCACAAUAGACUCAAUUGGGAUCGCGAGCUCAGGAAAUUCGGUGAAAUUCAUAGAAUAGAUUGUGAAACAUCCGAUGAUCUCAGUAACGGAAGCAAAGCUCAAGUAGGCACACUCAAACUGGACUUGCCAUUAGACGAGGACGACUAUUUAAUGCCAUCUCCGGCCAAUGAUGAAACCGAUCACAAACGCCGACAUACACCUGCCAACUACAUCGAUUUAAUUGGUCAUCAACAUUCUGAAGCGGAAUACGCCAACGGUAGCCUACCAAGGCCCCUAGGAACAACCAAAAACUUCCAACCUGACUUCUUGCCGGCCCAAGUGAGUAGCGUGGACAAUCCAGAAUACCAUUUGACUGGUGGCGAAACGAAUCCUAUAUCCUCAGUUGUCACUAGUGGCAACAGUACUGGCACGUCCAGCGUAUCUGCCGAACCACAGUCGCCUGCGCCUACUACCAACGGUCGUAGUCUGGAAGACGAAUCUGACCACGAGUACUAUAACGAUUUUGACCGGUUGCAAAGAGAACUUCAACCACUCAGACGAAACGAGACAACCGUUUGAUGACCAAAACCCCUGCCAAGCUGAGGUGAGGUCUCAACUCUUUAGCCGUUGUUGAAAGGAACCUUUUAGUAGACGUUUAAGUUUUGUUCUGUUGACUCGUUUUAAGAAUUAUUAGGACAAUAGAAAAAAAACCAGCAUAAAUUUUUUUUUUUUUAUGUUUCUUUGAUAUAUUAUAUACAUUGUUUUAUUUAUAUAAUUUUAUUUUUAAAACUAUUUAUUUGUAUACACUGCUGUGCCAUUUUCUAUCCCGACUGUACAUUUUAUUAUUAUUUGAUAAAAUAACUGUAAAGAAAUCUUUUAUAUUAUUUGUAAGCUUCUUGUUAUUGUGAACUUACAAUUUUUAUUGUGUAUAUGACUGUAUAGUUUGCCCAUAAGACAGCAACAAAGUGGAAAUAUUGAGGGACGUUAUAUUCCUCUGAAUUAAUGUACUUAAAAAAAGAAAAAUCAAAAACAAAUUAUCCCAAAAAAAAAAAAAAAAACUGAUUGCCUUUAA